UUCUUCGGUACCUAUAAGAAUCCGCUUCACGCUUCCAGCCCCACCUUUGGAUGAUUCCAGGCCACCGGAUCGAAAUUCGAGCAAUUUCCAGUUAAUCGAAUUGGUCUUGUCCAAGGCCGAGCAGAAGACAAGUCGCAGAAAUGGUGUCGUCCCAGGCUCUCUCGUUACUCUUGCUGUUCCUGGUUGCGCACGGAUCGCAGGGGCAGAAACAGCAGCAAGAAGAUCCUUGCCAAACGAAAUCCAGAGUGGUCGGUGACAUAGAGUAUUGCGAUCGUUACUGGGAAUGCGUGAACGGGCGUCCAGAAUUAUUCGACUGUCCAAACGGUCUUGUUUUCGCUGGGAAGCAUCGAGGCGUGACCGAGGGCUGCGACUAUCCCUGGAGGGCGAACUAUUGCGACGGAAAGCGGCAGGCUAAUCCACCGAUCCCUGCCGAGCAUUGCGACUGGCUCUACGGUAUAUUCGGCCACGAGACUUCUUGCACGCGGUACUGGACCUGUUGGAACGGAACCGCCACGGAACAAUUGUGCAUCGGCGGACUUUUGUACAACGAAAGGGCAAGGUCCUGCGAUUGGCCCGAGAACGUGGAAGGAUGUCAAAAGCAUCCCCUCUGCAACGACGACGCGAAUGGGAACGUUCCCCUGGGCAAAUCGUGCAAUCGUUACUGGCAAUGUCAAGGUGGAUACCCGCGAUUGCAGAGAUGCCCCGCGAUGCUGGUGUUCGAUCGAAGGUCGCUGAGGUGCGUCGUCCCGCCCACCGAAGACUGUGACGUACCCACGACCCCACCCAACCUCGAGGGCGAUCUGCCCGAUGGAAGGAACGAGCAGGAAGCGGAGGAAGAGAAUCUUCCGCCCGGUGUUCCGCCAUUGCCGGCCGGCGCAUUGCCCAUACCGCUUCGAGCUCGCCCCAGAAAUUAGACGAUCCGACAUUUUUCUUUUUUUUUUUUUUUUUCCUUUUUUUCUCGAUCAAUCGUACGCUUUUCGACCGGUGAUAUCUUUUUCGUUUCGUGACGAGAAACGCGAUUUUUAUUUUGGCAAUCUUUCUCUUUCUUUUUGAAAGUAGAAGGAGUCUCUAGUGAGAAUCUUGAAAAUCUUGAUAAAGAAAAUCGGAUAGAAAGAAGUUGCUCGGCGAGAAGCGUUCUUUUUUUUUUUUUUUUUUUUUUUGGAAAUUCCAAAGUUUCGAGUAAUUUAUGCGAAUUAGGAAUUGGAGUAAGGAGAAUUUUUUUAAUGCCGAUAUUUGAUCAUCGUGAAAAAGGGGGGGAGGAUAAAAAGUUGAAUUCAGUAUAUCUACAUGUAUAUUCAAAGCUUCGUUAUUAGAGCAUGUUAACUUUUUAAUUUA